GUUACUCCUCAUACGUGUUUACAAAUUUUGUGCAGAUUGUGAACUAUUUCAGAUUCAAUUCAUUUUCUUUACAUUUUUGGGAAAUGAUUGUCAGUCAUUUUCAGGCCACAUUUUUCGGUCAGGUUUUCCAAAUUCAUGUCUUUUGUAAAAGUGUAGCCUGAUGAGCAGUUCAAGUACCCCUGAGUGCCCCCUCAUGUGCAUGUUGUUCGCAAUGCAACAAAGUUCGUCUCACCUUCCACCCUCCCCAACUCCAUCUCCUUCUCCUCUUUCUCCAUCACUGUUGCCACUCUCCACAAGACCCUUGCCUCCUCCAACUCCUGCUAGUCAGCCCUUGUCAUCGUUAUCCGAGACACCCCUACCAUCUCCGUCUCCCUGCCUUUGCUGGACCGAGUUCUGGGAGCUUUAUGCCCGAGUAGCCGCUGGUGUCUUUGCCCAGCAUUUCCAGGCCCUUUUGCAGGAGAACCCUCAUAACUCCCCUGAUUCGGCCACUGCUUUUUGCCACUGCUUCACAGACAGAUCCAUUCGACAUUUUGAGAGUGAGCACGAGGGGACCGUCAGUAAAGAUGGAACGGUGUGCUGGGUCACCCAAUCUAACGUUACAUCACUGGAGGAGGAAACAGCAUCGCUGUCCCUGCUGCCGUCAGAAGCCUCCACACCAUGCAUGCCUACUCACACACAGGCUGCACCCACACCGGCCAUGACCCAAGAAGGCUGUGGAUCGAAGCAGUUCCAGAGUGCCGGAACAUUUCAGGAGUUGUAUGCUCAUACUCCAAUCCUCCCACCAUCCUCCUCUUCUUCAUGCUCUUCCUCUAUGGGCGGGAAUAACGGGCGGAGGGAGGACAGGGGAAUAGCGGUAAAAUAUAACCAACCUGGAUACAAAGACCUGGAAGAAGAGGAAGACAGCUGGGUGGGGCCUGUCACGGAAGAGGAGGUAGAAGCAGAUGUAGUAGCAAGGGACAAUGAGGGUGAGGAUGAUAUGACCUCAGAAAGAGCUGAUCUCAGCCAGAUUUCGACAUGCCCCAAUCCCUCUGGCACACCAGCAAACUCUGGGUCAAAAGGCAAUGGGAGAUCCAUUGGGGGUCAAUUGAAGAAUAAACUAAAAAAGUGGUUCUCUUUACACACCGUGGCCCACAGCGUCCGAGGGAGAGUGCAUGGCAUCUUGCACUGGAGCAGGUCUUCCAGUGACGCCCCUCAGAACUGCAGCUCGGCUAAUUCUUCAGCACUACCACCAAGCAGCUUUGGUGCCUCCAGCAAGAAGGGCAGGCUGGUAAGGGAGGGAGGUGUGACUGUGUGCUCAUCUUCGGAAGAGUUUGCCAGCAAUCAUGGAUUCCCAGGAAUUUCUUUUGGACUGCUGCGCCACGGCAUGGACAGCACAGCAUCGGGACAUCCCACUGCCAUGGGAGGAGCUGCAGGCGGAAAGGGGAUGCAUUGGCAUGAGUGCCAUCUAGUCCUGAAAGAACAACAUGGGGAUGGAGGAUUGGAAUAUUUCCUGGAGUUUUACAUCCCACCUACGACAUCCAAUCCCAGAAUGACUGUCCCAUGUUGCUCUAUUGUUGAUGUGAGGAGCACUACAGCGACAGAGAUGCCAGACAAAGAGAACACCUUUCUUCUGCAGUUGGAAGGUCAGGUGCUGUACGUGAUCGAGACCAGAAAUGCGGUUCAGAUUAGAGCUUGGCUUAGUGAGAUCAGAGGUACCGUUUUUUAAGUGAGCAAGAGGAUGUUGAGGGAGUGUUCUCACCAACCUCAGCAGUACACCAGAAUUCAACGACCACCUGUCUCAAGUGUGUUAUGGUGGAGUUAGUGGUUCUCCUCAGCUGGACCCUUUACCUCCCGAGUUGCCACCCCGCGCCCCUCUUGAUUAAUCAGACAGUCGACUGCUUGGUGGGGGCGGAGCCAGUCUUAGCACACCUUUUGUAGAAACACUUGAUUCCACAGGUGAUGUGCUACACCAAACACACACACAUGCGCGCACACACACACACAAACGCGUUGAUAGUGACCAUGUUGACAUCUAUUUUACC